AUCAUGAUUAAGCUCUGUUCUUAUUGGGUGGAAAAAAAGACUAACGUACCUAAACUUACAUCAUCACGCACAUAUCCGACCUGUCCUUGAAGCCACAGACAAGAUGGUUGCGUACUGGAGACAGGCAGGCCUAAGCUACAUCCGCUUCUCUGCUAUCUGCGCUAGCGCGGUGCGGGCUGCGUUGAAGCCGCAGUUCAAAACCGAAGCGUUGAGGGCCGCCGAAGCCAACGUCAGAGUCCUUAAACCAAAAUCAUCGUCUGCAUAAUGUGAGAUUGUGAUGUAGAUACGAUUUUCCUGGAGCUGUGGGGUCCUGCCCUGUCCUUCACACUGUGGACAAGAAAAAAGAUGGAUGACACCAAGAUGAACUGUUAGAGACUUAGGACCUGAAUGAAAUUGCAUUUUUGUCCCUUUCAUUUGUAAUUAAAAUUGUAUUAAAGAUGGAUAUCUGAAAUACA